ACCUUAAACCCUAACUUUCCAAUUCCAAACCUUAGCUGCAGCAGCCUUCAGUCUCUGCUCAUUCUUAUCCCCGCGCUCUCGUAGUCGUAACCUAAUCGGAAAUGGCGUCUGCAAAUGCAAUCUCUACCGCGUCUAUACUUUCUUCUACGAAACAGGGUAGUUUGAGGAAGAAUGCAAUGUUGAACAGAAUGCCGGGUCAGAAACUCAAUUUCAAGAGAUUUCCGGCCCCAGCAGGCGGAUUAGUGGUGCGAGCUUCUGCGAAGGAGAUUGCUUUCGACCAGGCCUCUCGGUCUGCCUUACAGGCUGGUAUCGACAAGCUUGCAGAUGCUGUCGGCCUUACUCUUGGUCCCAGAGGGAGGAAUGUGGUCUUGGAUGAAUUUGGAACCCCGAAGGUGGUUAAUGAUGGGGUGACAAUUGCUAGAGCGAUUGAGUUAGCUGAUGCAACGGAGAACGCUGGUGCAGCAUUGAUUAGAGAGGUCGCAAGCAAAACUAACGAUUCGGCUGGUGAUGGAACAACUACCGCAUCAGUACUUGCAAGAGAAAUCAUUAAAUUGGGCUUGCUAAGUGUAACCUCUGGUGCAAAUCCAGUUUCAAUAAAGAAAGGGAUUGACAAGACUGUACAAGGGUUGGUGGAAGAGCUGGAGAAAAAAGCCAGACCUGUUAAAGGACGUGAUGAUAUUCAAGCCAUUGCUUCCAUCUCUGCCGGAAAUGAUGAGAGCAUUGGGUCCAUGAUUGCUGAUGCCAUUGACAAGGUUGGACCUGAUGGCGUCCUUUCAAUUGAUUCGUCUUCAUCCUUUGAAACAACAGUUGAUGUUGAAGAAGGAAUGGAGAUUGACAGGGGUUAUAUCUCACCACAAUUUGUGACUAAUCCGGAGAAAUUAAUUGUCGAGUUUGAGAAUGCUAGAGUGUUAGUCACAGAUCAGAAGAUCACUUCCAUUAAAGAUAUACUUCCUCUACUUGAGAAGACCACCCAAUUACGAUCUCCCUUGCUAAUCAUUGCUGAAGAUGUCUCUGGGGAGGCUUUGGCUACACUUGUUGUGAAUAAGCUUAGAGGUAUUCUAAAUGUCGCUGCCAUCAAAGCACCUGGUUUCGGUGAGAGGAGAAAAGCUCUCCUACAAGAUAUUGCUAUUGUGACAGGAGCUGAAUAUCAAGCUAGUGAUUUGGGUUUCUUAAUUGAGAAUACAUCGGUGGAGCAACUGGGUGUGGCAAGAAAGGUGACGAUCACGAAAGACUCCACAACCAUCAUUGCUGAUGCAGCAACCAAGGAUGAAAUACAGUCCAGGGUUGCCCAGAUAAAAAGGGAGCUGUCUGAAACAGACUCCAUAUAUGAUUCCACGAAACUAUCAGAAAGAAUUGCUAAAUUAUCUGGAGGAGUUGCCGUCAUAAAGGUUGGGGCUGCAACUGAAGCUGAACUUGAGGACCGUAAACUUCGAAUAGAGGAUGCUAAGAAUGCCACUUUCGCUGCUAUUGAGGAAGGAAUUGUUCCUGGUGGCGGUGCUGCUUUAGUUCAUCUCUCAACUUACGUAUCUGCCAUUAGAGACAAGCUCGAUGAUGCAGAAGAAAGACUAGGUGCUGAUAUUGUGCAGAAGGCAUUGGUGGCACCCGCAUCGUUGAUAGCACAAAAUGCAGGAGUUGAAGGAGAGGUUGUGGUCGAGAAGAUCAAGGACAGCGAGUGGGAAAUAGGGUAUAACGCAAUGAGGGACAAGUACGAGAAUCUUGUAGAAGCUGGAGUUAUUGACCCGGCUAAGGUAACUAGAUGCGCAUUGCAGAAUGCUGCUUCAGUGGCUGGAAUGGUACUGACCACUCAAGCCAUUGUUGUGGAGAAAGCAAAGCCUAAGGCUUCUUCUGUAGGCUCUCCACAAGGCCUUACUGUUUAAAUUUAAUUAAUCCACUUGAGGAAUUUUUAAAAUAAAUUUGUAUUUGUGAUCUAGAUAUUAUUAUUAUUAUUGUCAUAUUAUUUUUUAGAAACAUA